GGUAAGGUGAAGUGAGGUUGGGGGAAAACAUACUAUAUACUUAUACACGAGCACCGUGGCCUGCUCAGAUAGUACGUAGACACUGCCGACGAAGGUUCGCUUACAUGAACCGAACAUUACCGAACUUUAACGAACUUCACCGAAGAAGGAAACGUAAAUAGUGAAAGAUAUUAUCAUCUCAAAUAAUUCGUGCAUAGAACUUAAAGAAAAUGGAUACGGCUUGUGGAGAAUUUAACCCAGCUUUGGACAACCGUGACAAAUAUACGGAAUCAAUAGACCUGUCCAACAAGUGUCGCGAGUUUUACAGAUGGAGGAUGGAAAACAUGGAGAAGUCUAAACAACGACUGUCCCCGACUCUCCGACCCGGACACAAGACAAAGAAAUCCUCCAUAGACGUUGCCAUGGCAAAAUUGGGCACAGAAAUGACAUCACUAAUGGACCAGGACAUGUCGCUAAUGAAGCAGCUGCUGAUGCUGAACGAAGCUAUCGAGGAGUUGAAGUUUCAUCGUCGCUAUAGCAACAGCUCUCUCCCCGACAGUUCCUGCGACCUGGUCAGUGAUUCAGACGACGAAUCGGUAUCCGAAACAGACAUGUUCGUGUCGGAGGACGAUUUAGUAAAAAUGUGCAACAACUGUCACCUUGGAAACGUGUUAACAAACUCCGUAUCUACGUCAUGUGACAAUAACAUCAAUCAUGUGACAACAAAACAGAGCAACAUCAUUCAGAGUAAAAAUUUCUUGGACAAAUCUUCUCGCGAGGAACAAAAUGUUUCGUACGACUCUGGGUUCGAGUCUAGCUAUGUGUCGUCAUGAAACUACGGUCACGUGACAGUUAUUUUCCUCAAGACACAAUGGUGCUAAUAUUUUCUACAAACACGUGCAUGCACGACAAGGGAUACAUUUUACAGUUUCCUGAUUUACAACGAUGGCGGGUGCCAGACGACAGAUGUUUACAGUGUACAGCAUCCUUUGUGUCCGUGCCGCACUAAUGUUGCUCGUCCGAAACCACCGAUCCUGAGAUUGUCUUAAAAUUGAUAACGUACAUAUUGGCAAGAUAGUUUUACUUAAUUUUGGCGUUUUUAAAAAAGGUAACAGCAUACAUAUGUAAAUUACUUUUGAAAUGGAACAUUGGGAGCAUUGAUAACGUCUGCUCUGAUAACCUCAGGUUCCUGGACGUACGGACGAUCAAUUGUAGAUGCGGUGCGGACGUUCAUUAUACAUUCCGACCGGCUGAUUCUGUCAGUUACUUUAUCAUUAGACAUAUUGUAUAUGUAGUAGUGCUGUGGUACCUGUCCACGUUAGGUGAGGUUUUACCUCCAACCAUUGGUUAACUCCAACCCCGACGGUAUCCACUGUGUGGAUAGACAUAUUGUGAGUAACAUACCCUGUCGUUACAGGGUGCCGUUUCCCCGGAGGACGGGGGACAACGGUCCCGGAGGACGGGGCGCCACGACCCUAAAGAGGGACCGUGAACUCGUAUUGAGUACCAAACAACCCCUAUAUACCGGGCAGAAACUCGUACGGAGAACAAUGAGCCAAUACUAUAUAUUUGAAGCUCGUACUCCGAGUAAAAAACACAUUACUCGUUGGUAAAAUAUUUUAGAGACGAUUAACAGCAGAUAAGUUACACUCGCACGAGUAAAAAAUGGGUCCAAAACUCACAUGAGUAACAAAUCGGUAAGAAACUCGUGCGACUAGCAGGUAUCUUUAAAACUCACGAGAUCAACAGAUGAUUCAGAAACACACAUGAGUCACAAACUUGUACGAGAAAUAGAAGCGUCAGAAAAUCGCAACUGAGAAUCUGAAUGAAAAAACAGUGUGGCAUUUGAAUAAGAUCUCGUGAGCCUAGCACACUUGUCGGAAGAAUACGACAUAACGUUUCUGGCAAAACAUAAUCCCGGAAGUGUCUUUCUGGUCGUGUCUGUUGUUUCAAAAGCCCGUAUUAGCAUGAUCAUUUGGUGGUGUUCUCAUGAACGCUUGUCUUUACGGGCUUUUGUUAUUCAAGAUAUGACCCGGAUGUGUGCUGGGGACAUCUAGGUUUCGAAGAAGCUUCGAAAACCUGGAACCAAACAAAACGUUUCGAACAAUUUCGGAUCAGAUCUAUUUAGGAUGGAUAUUCGCGUUUGAUAGUGACGUACUCAAUUUCGUAUUAAAGUACAAGUUAUUAUAUCCAAAGUUGAAAAAAAUAAUUUGAUGUCACAUAUUGUUAAGAAUUCAAUAAUAUACAAAAUAUAACGUGUUUAACGCCUUUCCCUGACGUACUCCAUCCUAGAUGAUCUGUGGUAAGGCGUUAGAACAGAGACCUCUCCUCUCUAACGCAUAAGUAACAUUUAACCACAAAAGUGUGAUUAACACAAAAAAGAAAGGAUUUUUCUUUACUUAAGAUAAAUUUGAAUGAGAAAAAAGAAUGCAGUUAAUAUUUAAUCAAUUGGUGAUUUGAGGAAUCAUAGAGUAAGUCUUUCCCCCUCUCCCCUUCCUCUUUUCUAAGAACCGUGAUCCAGAAAACGGAUGGUUAAAAUUUUAUAAUUAAUAUCUUAACUGAUAUUAGCUGUUUUGUUUAAUUCAUAAUAGUUUAUUACAUAUUUGAGAAAAUUACGUAUUGAGAAGGGGAAAUGGUUUCAUUAUAUUUUGUUUUCUGAAUUUGAACAAAAUAUUCAAUGUAAUGUACUGUUUUUCUGUGCAAUCUUAAAUGGAUUUGUCAUUCUUUUCUCUCAACAAAUGUUGUAGUUUCAUAUCUAUUUCAGGUAAUUGAUAAGGCGCUAUACAAAUGUUGUAGAUAAUAUCGGAUUUUUGGUUUGCGCUGUCAUUGAUUUUGUAAUCAUCAUGGUGAUGUCGUUGUCCUUUUGUUUAGUAAUAAUAGAAUUUGGGAAAAAAUGGAGUAAAUCAGUAAUUUCAGUCUCUGAAAAAACGGGGUUUUCAUGUAAAAUUCAAAUUUCAUAAGCUGACAUUUACUUAUAGAAUUUUUCGGUCGACAAAAGCUUCUUAAAUAACUAAUUAGUUAAACGGGACUGUUUUAUAUUGAGUGCUCGUUUUCAGAGAUUGUAUUAUUCGGUCUAGACGGAGACGUAUACAACCGCAGUAGUUUAUACGUCUCUGGCCUAGGGUGGCGAUUGACAAAAGUGUCUCCUAUAACCGGAAAUAAUAAUAAAUAUUGAUGCAUAAAAUAAGUGCAAAAAGGAGAGAGAAUAAAAGAGGGGUGAUGAUGGGAGAAAAAAACAAAAAGACAAUUUCGGAUAAAGAGGGAGAGAGAAAAUGGUGGUUGAGGUUGGUUGGUGGGGUGGGAGUGAUGCUGGGAGGGGAAACAGGAAGAGUUAUGAUUAAUAUGGGGAGGGAGAAUGGGGUUGGGGGGUAGGGGGGUUCUGGUGGGAUGAGGGAGGGGAAUGGGAACAGGGAAAGUUUGAAUAAAGAUUGAGAGAAAAUUGGCGCGGGGUGGGGGUGAUGACGGGAGAAGAUACAGUAAAAAUUCAGAUAAAUAUGGAGAGAGAGAAUGGUGGGGUGGGGGUGAAGGUAGGAGUUAUCCGACCGGAAUUAUAAAAGUGCUAUACUUUACCAUACUCAAUGCUAAUUAUAUAUCAAUAAGUUAUUAAUGUUGUGCUUAUUACUGCCGAUCUAUAUUCUAUAUGUGAUUCAGUUUGAAGAAACUUUUAUCUUUUGGAACAAAAUAAAGCAAAAUUACUUA